CCAAACCAAGAACUAGAUAGAUCAUAGAUAGAUCAAACAAAACAACCCUCUCCUCUCUUUCUCUCUUGACGACUGGCAAAUAUAGGAAUCGAGAUUGACUUCAUGGAGAAAAGCUUGAGGGUUGGUUCCAUGGAGGACCGCCGGGAAUGGGUACACGACUCCUCCGUCGAUCACCGCGGGAGGCCGCCCUCCCGUGACGCCACCGGCUCGUGGAAGGCCGCCAUGUUCAUCAUCAUGAUCGAGUUCAGCGAGAGGCUCAGCUAUUUCGGGAUCGCGACGAGCCUGAUGCUCUACCUCACCAAGGUGCUGCAGGAGGAGAUGAAGGUCGCUGCCAAGAACGUCAACUACUGGACCAGCGUCACCACGCUCAUGCCCUUGCUCGGCGGCUUCCUCGCCGACGGAUACCUCGGCAGGUUCUCCACCGUCGUCUGCUCCACCGUCGUCUACCUCCUGGGCCUGAUGGUCCUGGCCACGGCGCAGCUGUCGCCGAGGCUGACGCCCAACCACUCGCUGCGGCUCCACGAGACGCUCUUCUUCGUCGGGAUAUACCUGGUGUCCGUCGGCACCGGCGGGCACAAGCCGGCGCUAGAGAGCUUCGGCGCCGACCAGUUCGACGAGAGCCACGCGGCGGAGCGGGUCCAGAAGAUGUCCUUCUUCAACUGGUGGAACUGCGCGCUCUGCUCCGGCGUCCUGCUCGGCGUCACCGUCAUCGUCUACGCGCAGGACCGCAUCGGCUGGGGCGCCGCCAGCGUCGUGCUCGCCGCCGUCAUGGCCGCCUCGCUCGUCGUCUUCCUCGCCGGCUGGAGGUUCUACCGCUACAGGGUGCCGGAGGGCAGCCCGCUGACGCCGCUGCUCCAGGUCGUCGUCGCCGCCGUCAGGAAGAGGCGCCUCGCGCUGCCGGCCGACGCCGGCGAGCUGUACGAGGUCAAGCCGCAGAAUAUCAAGAAGAGGCUGCUUUGCCACACCCACCAGCUCCGGUUCCUGGACAAGGCGGCCAUAGUGGAGCACGACGGCGGCGAGGACGCGGCCGGGCCGUGGCGGCUCGCGACGGUGACGCAGGUGGAGGAGACGAAGCUGGUGCUUGCCAUGGUGCCCAUCUGGGUGGCGACGCUGCCCUUCGGCAUGGCGGCGGCGCAGGUGUCCACCUUCUUCAUCAAGCAGGGCAGCAUGAUGGACCGGCGCAUGGGCCCGCACUUCGUUCUCCCGCCGGCGUCCAUCUUCGCGCUGUCCGCCAUCAGCAUGAUCGCCACCGUCGCGGUCUACGACAAGGUGCUGGUGCCGUUCCUGCGGCGCGCCACGGGCGGCGAGCGCGGGAUCAGCAUCCUGCGGCGCGUGGGCAUCGGCAUGGUGCUCGCCGUGGUGGCGCUCGCCGUGGCGGCCGUGGUCGAGCGUCGGCGCCUGCUGUCCCCCUCGCCGGCGUCCAUGUCGGUGUUCUGGCUGCUGCCGCAGUUCGUGCUGAUCGGUGUAGGCGACGGGUUCGCGCUGGUGGGGCUCCAGGAGUACUUCUACGACCAGGUCCCCGACAACAUGCGCAGCCUGGGCAUCGGGCUGUACCUGAGCGUGAUCGGCGCCGGGAGCUUCCUGAGCAGCCUGGUGAUCACGGCGGCGGACAGGGCGAGCUCCCGCGGCGGCCACGCCAGCUGGUUCGCCAAGGACCUCAACCGUAGCAGGCUCGACCUCUUCUACUGGCUACUGGCAUGCAUCGGCGCUGCCAACCUGGUGUUCUACGCGUUGGUCUCCACCAAGUACUCGUACAAGACCGUCAGCGGGGCCGGCAAGGUCGGCGUCGACAAGUCCGGCGACAUCGAGUGCGCCGCCGCCGCCUAGCUGAUCGAUCGAUAGCUAGCUGGAGAUCAUUAGCGGCUGGUAAUUCGAUUUAUAAGAUGUGUAUGAUAAUGUGUACUAUGUCAUCAGUUAUCGUGUGUGUCACUCUAGCUAGGGUACAUGUCGUCUCAGUGUCACAAGGAUUUAAUUAGCUGGGAUGGAUCGUUCGUGAACUCGCGUGUCGUGGAAUGUACUUGUACAAGUGCGGUUUGGUUCGUUGUAGCGGCGAUUUACCA